AUGGGUAGAGUCAUUCGCAACCAGCGCAAGGGCCGUGGAUCCAUCUUCACGGCCAACACGCGCCUCAACAAGGCUCCGGCCAAGUUCCGCAACCUCGACUACUCCGAGCGCCAUGGCUACAUCCGUGGUGUAGUCCGCGACAUCAUCCACGACCCUGGUCGUGGUGCCCCCCUCGCCAAGGUCGUCUUCCGCCACCCCUACCGGUUCAAGCAGGUCCACGAGACGUUCAUCGCCAACGAGGGAAUGUACACCGGCCAAUUUAUUUAUGCCGGCAAGAAGGCUGCCCUGACCGUCGGCAACGUCCUCCCCCUGGGUGAGAUGCCCGAGGGUACCGUCGUUUCCAACGUCGAGGAGAAGAUUGGCGACCGUGGCACCCUGGGCCGCACCUCCGGUGGCUACAUCACCGUCGUCGGCCACAACCCCGACGAGGGCAAGACCCGCAUCAAGCUCCCCUCUGGUGCCAAGAAGGUCGUCAGCUCCGGCUCGCGAGGAAUGAUCGGCAUUGUUGCCGGUGGUGGCCGUACCGACAAGCCUCUCCUGAAGGCUUCUCGCGCCAAGCACAAGUUCGCUGUCAAGCGCAACAGCUGGCCCAAGACUCGCGGUGUUGCCAUGAACCCUGUCGACCAUCCUCACGGUGGUGGUAACCACCAGCAUAUCGGUAAGGCCUCGACCAUCUCCCGAUACGCCGCCCAGGGACAGAAGGCCGGUCUCAUUGCCGCCAGAAGGACGGGUCUGCUGCGCGGUACUCAGAAGACGAAGGAGUAA